UUAACUAGGCUGCACAUUUCCUUGCUUGGACACACCCUUCCCCUGAGUAAACUUGAAAUAGCAGAGCUGUGACUGAACGACAGAGAGGACAGCACGGAGCGUUCUUCAGCAGUGGUCAAGUAUCCGGCUUGCAUCGAACCAUGUCUUGUAGAUCUGUAGGGCAGCAGCACUGGGAGUUGAGGGAACUGGCCCAGGCUGUGCUUGAGCCGCUGAAGAGAGGACUCCAUUCCUUCAACAAUGUUUCAGAGAUGCUCCUCAGUAUAAAUGGAGACAUGGUUCUUCCUGGAUCCAAGAACUUCCGUGAUAUCAGACGACAGAUUGAGAACAUGAAGCAGCAGUUGGAAGCAUCAGAGCAGGUAGCCAAAACAGAGCUUCAACGCCUGGAUGAGGAGACUGAGCAUCUCACUGCAAUGCAGAGUGAUUUAGCAAGGCAGAAAAAGAAGAAAGAGGGUGAGUUAAAGAACUUGAAAACACAGCUGGAGUCAGACAGAUCCUCUCUAGCGAGUUACCGUGAAGCUCUGAAGACAGAGAAGAGAAACCUGGAGUCAGCAGAAGACACCCUUUCCAGCAUGAGGAGGAGGAGAGACGAGGCGGAGACAAUGAGGAAUGUUGGGAUUGGUAUGAUGUUUAUACCAUUUGUGGGAUGGAUUCCUGGGGCAGCCUUGGCUAUUAUUGGGGAAACAGAGAUGAACGAGGCCUCCAAUGCUGUCCGCACAGCUAAGCGGGAGGUAGAGAGCUGUGAAUCUCAGGUCAAAUCAUACUCUAACAAAGUGUCUAAAUAUGAAUCCGAGAUCUCUCAAGCUAAGCGUGACAUUCAAGAGGCUGACAAUAAGAUUCAUGAGACGGAUGCCAAACUGUUGGAUAUGUCUGUGCAGCGGCGGGUUGUUGCUGAUGUUCAGCAUAAAAUGAGAAGAGCUGUCCAUCAGCUGGGGAAGCUGUGUGGGGUGGGGAGUGUGGCAGAGCUGCAGACCCGACACCAGAUCCUGCUGGCGCCUGUGAUUAAGGUGAUGGAGGAGAUGACAACAGCACUGUCUCAGAUCACUGGAGAUGAGCUGCUGCACACACAAGGCAUAAAGAGAAUGAUUACGGACAUGAAGAGGAACCAUAACAAACUAAAAGAACUUACUGGCACCAGUGAGACUUUCAAUGAUUAUUACUGAUUUGCAAGAUUUUUUUUUCUCCAAUAGUCAAAAUUGAUGUUUGUUGUAACCAUGAAUGAAUUACACAAAAAAACCUUUCACCUCACAAAUAUUUCAAUUUAUCCACAUACAUUUGUAGAUGAAAUUAUUGACACCCUUUCACAAUAAAGUACUUUAAAUUGA